UGUUUACAAAGAGCACGUGUAAUGUGUCGAAAAUAAUGUUGCAUUAUAUUGUAUAAUCAUGAAAAUAAUGUAAUGUCAUUCGAUUGAUUAUAUAUGGCGAAUCAUUUGUCAAUACCUGCACCAAGAUCAGCCUUAUCUCCAUCAGUGAAAAAACUUAUUUGUUUACCAAAUGACAAGUCUGAAACGCAAGUAGUGCAAGUAGCUGGUGAUGUUCUUACAACGGCGGGAACUAUUAAUUUCAGAUAUCUUCAACACAUGCUUCCUCAAUCACCAGAUCAGACAGCAGAGUAUUUUCUGAAUGCAACUCAGGCUCUUUCAUCAAUUUGCACACUCUGUCAAACUCAUCUGUAUUCAUACAGCCUUGAUGAUUUUAUAAAUCAUUAUUCUCAUUUUCUUACCUGGACAGGGAAUAUAAAGUUGUUUGAAGACUGCUUUAAACUGCUUGUGAGUGAGUCACCAAGUGAAGAUGUGCUGGGAUUACUUCUGGUGACAAGUGGACUGGAAAGAGCUUUGGGAGAUGUAUUUCUUCUCCGAGGUCGGCAGUGUCCAUCUAUGCUCAAAGACUUACUUGUAACUCAACAACUUCUAGAUAUUUUCGGCCCAGUUGUUAUUCAAACACUGAGGGUUCUGAUUGGUCUUCCUAUAUCACUGAAUCUACGCAAUUUGGUGUGGCAUGGUUUUCCUACACCAGGAGAAAUACCACCAAGGUUUGCAUGUUUCCUCCUCCUGCUUGUGCCCAGCCUGGGAGAAGUUCUACAACAAGGAGCAAUUGAAGCCCGGAAUAUAACCCACAGACCUGCUGUCAGUUUUCAUCAGACUGUCCAACUACAGGAACAGUUUCCUUCUUUUAUCUCAUCUCAGAGAGAAAUUGAUGAGGUUUUCUUCAAGUCUGAUUUUGUACAAGAUGACUUUAUUCCAAUUUGGAAAAAAGCCUUGCAACUUUAUGAAAUUGGAAGUUUUGGCUUCUGUCUGGUGCUCUUGAUGCCUCAGUUAGAACAUGCCUUGCGGAGAGUGUUUGCUGCAGUUAAUGGAUGUCCUGAACGAGUUCUCACUGCUGAGUCAUCCACACUGUAUACUACGUUUGAUGAGAUUUUAGAUAAAUUUUUACCAUCAGGGGAAGAAAACAAAAUGGCUUUAUUAGUUGGUGAACCAUGCAUGGAUUUGUUAUUUGAUCUCUUGGUUUAUCCUGAUGGACCUCGGGUGAGAGAUCGACUGAGUCAUGGUGAGGUCAAUUUAUACAGUGUUCCUGCCUCACUGGUCCACCCGGUUGUAUAUCUGUCUCUGUUUCUUUGUCACAAGUUCAUCAAAGAUAGUAACCAGAACCCUGUUACAAAUACUGCUGUGUCAAAGAUCUCAUCAUAUCAUUCGUUGUUUCAUCCAAUUGCUGUACUAAAACAACAGGUAACCAGAUUGUUGGAAUUUUCAGCUGCUUCUAGUCCAUGGAUUACAAGUACCCCACAACUCAUGGAUAAAUGGAUUACUAAAGCUGGCUGUGAUAGUUGUUUUGAAGAUAAUGAAAUUUAUAUUCAUAUAAAAAUGAGUGCCUUAGAUGUUGUGAAAGAACUAGUCAAACAGUUUGAUUUUGGUUGUUCUUUUACUGAUUUAACUAAAACAAUGUUGUCUCCAUUUACGGCUGACAUCAGUUUUAUUUUCAAAAUACUGGAACAGAAAACAUCAACUUUGUACAGGGGACAACAGGUGUCUCCAUCUGACGAGGUGAUCCGAGAGACUGUGAUUGUUAGUCUACUACAACGCAUCACAGCCGAAUGUCACGAGGUCGUGGCUCAGACGAGUCGUACUCUGAUUUCUCGUCAAAAACAACUUCAGAACAAACAGCUGCGAUCACGACAGCGAGACAACUUACAGAAAUUGAUUGAUAGUAUUCCCUCCCUGUAUCUGAUGCACCAGUUAAAUAUCUUGCUGGUUACCUUUCAUAUCAGUUGCCUGGAUAAUAUGACCGCUGCAAAUCAGGAUACACUUAAAAAAGUUCAAAGGUUUCUGAAGAUGUAUUUAAAGUUUUGUGAGAAUGAGAGGACAAACACUUCUCCAGAACGAAACAAAUGGAAGGAAUGUUUGGAUCUUUUCAUGCAGUUUUUGCCCAAAUUGAAAACAUACUGCAUGGAAUGUCAACUUGUACCUUAGGUUUUCAUUCACUUGACACAGAUGUACAGAUUAAUAAAUAAUAUGAAGAACACAAACCUAAUAAAAUGGAUAAUCUGUGGUGGCUACAGUAAACAUAAAAAAAUGCAUACAAAAUUCUUUCUUCUCACAAAAAAUUGGAAAAGUAAUAAUAAUUACUUGUUUUAUAGGUUUUCAUUGUGAAUAUUUCUGUAAUUUGUUCAAAAUAAAUACCCUAUAAGCCUUGAUCCUCGCUAGAUCACUUUUGUAACAUACUACAGCAUAUUACAUCAUGAAGAAUGCUUUAAUAAAACAAAAAUAUAAUACAAAAAAAAUGCUUCUGUUACUUAAUAAUAUUAAAUUUCUAUGGAAUAAUAAUUCCUUUGUCAGACUGAUAAAUGCAUUUGAUAUUCCUGACCUGCAGGUUUAUUUAAUAAGAGAAAUAGUUUCUUUUUAGCACAACAUUAAAAUGAAAAUGUAAUCGUACGUCAUGAGUUACAUUAUACGUCAAUGGAUGCCUCUAAAUCAUUACUUCCGUCAUCAUCAGUGUUGACACAGACGACUGUCUGUUAAAACAAUACGACCUUGAAAGAGUCUACAGCUAUGGAUUUCUUCUAUCUGUUAACACCAAAAUCGUUGCAAUUUUUCUUUCACACGGCUAUUAUCUAUCUGCCUCUUUAAUUUGUCGCUCCAUAAACAAAGAAAACAAACUGAUUAUUUGAUAUCCAGGAAGACAUUCAAGCAAUGGAGGACGUAGAAAUUCUUUACUUCCCAGUUCUGCAACCUUGAAUAAAAAAUUCAUGAAAUCAGUGUGUCAAUGGAACAUUGUUAGAGACUGGCUCAAAAUCAAUGACUUCACCAUCCUUGUCGUCAUUUUUUCUUGAGGAAAACAUUCUUCUCGUUUAACUGAGAUCAAAGCCUGUAAACGAUGUGCAUAAUAUUUUAAUUUAUUAUCAGUUGAUAUGAUAAAUAUUUAGUUGUGUAAUGUUAAUAAAUGUUUUCAAAAGGUUAAAAAAAAACUAUAGAGAAUUAAGAAUGAUGUUCAGUGCAAUUCAUUUUCACUUGUACAUUGUGUAUCUAAAUUAGCAAAUGUGAUUGUAUCAUUGAAUAUCAUUAAAGUUCCAAAGUGACUUAACUCUGGUCUGCAAAUGUCAAAUAUAAAAAUGCAUUGUUAAUUAAUAAAUUCUGAAAUUUUUAUUAAAGAUAUAAAUUUGGGUUAUUCUGGUAACAAAAUUUAAUUUGUCUUAUUCUAGUAACCAAAUUCAAUUUGUCUAGCCAAAAUAAAGUUAAAUAAAAGCCUU